GGGGCACUUUCUUUCAUUCAAAGUUCAAAUUCAUUUGAACUUUGAGUGAAAGAAAAUAAUUAUAUUGAUUUUAGAUUGAUAUAAAUAGUUAGAUAAAAACUCACAGAUACAAAUAAAUAUAGUAAAAAAAAUACCUUUUCUAUGAGUGACUUUCCGUCUCUUUUUAUACAAUUAGUAGGGCUUAGUAUUGCCGGCAAUUGCAACGUUUUAUUUAUUUAUUACUGUUCAAGAAAAAUAAAAAUUUUUAGAUAUUUUAUAUAUUGAGAUCCUCCCUUUUUUGUAAGUUGCUUUUUUUUGUAUCAUAACAGGAAGAUCUGUGGAAUCAUAUUGACUUAAGGCGUUAUUUUUUUCUAUCUAACCAAGUUUAUGAAUUACCCCUAAAGGUUUACAUCAAACUAGUGCUAGAUUCUCAUCAAACAAAUAUUCGUUUGAUGAGAAUUACUUUUGAAAUAGCAAAGUUCCUAAUUAAUGGUUUUUUUCUUAAUUCCAAUAAAAUAAAAUAAAAUCGGAUGUAAUAUGAGUUGGCAAUCAAAACAUAUAUGGAUCGAACUUAGACCUGGGUCUAGAAAAAUAAGUAAUUUAGGUUGGGCUUUUACUCUUUUUUUUAGGUUCAUUGGGAUUCUUAUUAGUAGGAACUUCCAGUUAUCUUGGUAUAAAUUGGAUAUCCUUUUUUUCAGCCCAGCAAAUUCUUUUUUUCCCACAAGGAAUAGUCAUGUCAUUCUACGGAAUUGCGGGUCUUUUUAUUAGCUCGUAUUUGUGGUGUACUAUUUUAUGGAAUGUUGGUAGUGGUUAUGAUCAAUUCGAUAGAAAAAGGGGAAUUUUUUGUAUUUUUCGUUGGGGAUUCCCUGGAAUAAAUCGGCGCAUUUUCCUCCGAUUCAAUAUAAAAGAUAUAAGGUCUAUUCGAAUAGAAGUGAAAGAAGGUAUUUAUGCUCGUCGUGUCCUUUAUAUGGACAUCCGAGGCCAGAGGGCUAUUCCUUUGACUCGUACUAAUGAGAAUUUCACCCCGGGAGAAAUUGAAAAAAAAGCUUCAGAAUUGGCCUAUUUUUUGCGUGUACCGAUUGAAGUAUUUUGAGAAGGGGGCUACACCUCUUUUCAGUUACUUUUUUUCUAUUUUUAUAUAUUUUCUAUUUAUUUUUCCAAUUGCAUUUUUUUACUAAGACUCAGGAAUACUAAUUAGCCAAUUGACCAGGCAGUUUUUUAUUAGCACAAGCAAAUCCCCUAGGAAGUUUAAGUAUUCUAUUGCUUACUAUUUCAUUCUAAAUAUUUAAAUAUCUAAACAUUCAGUAAUUUUUUUCUUUUUAUUUUAAUUGAAAGAUUUGUAUCGGAUAUCUGAAUUUCAUCUGUAUUCUUUCUAGAUUCAAAGACUGGCCAAAAAAUCACAACAAAAAUCAAUACAUACUUUAAUAUACCUUAUACCUUGUAAAAGUAAAAACUCAUAUAUGGUGGGUUCAUGAAAAAUAAAAAUAAAGUAUUCACUCCUCUUUUAUAUCUUGCAUUUGUAGUCUUUUUGCCCUGGUG